CUGCAUGUUUAUAUUCGCUCUACCAGGCCUGCUAACAACAUUCAUUGUGCAUUUUGAGUUUGUUCUUUUUGUGUUGGUUUUAUUUCAUAUUUCCACAUAUUGUAUUUUAUUGUAAAAUGUCUCAAGAACUAAAUGGCAGUCAAACCCCAACAAACCCCGCCAAGGAAGUUGUAAAUCUGAAGCGCAAGGAUUAUUUGAACUGGGACGAUUACUUCAUGGCCACUGCAUUGCUGUCAGCGAAACGCAGCAAGGAUCCGAGCACCCAAGUGGGUGCCUGCAUUGUAGACACUCAGAAGCGUAUUGUGGCCAUCGGCUAUAAUGGAUUUCCGCGGGGUUGCAGCGACGAUGCAUUCUCCUGGUCCAAGCCCAGCGAUGGGAUUAGUACCGAUCCGCUCGAGCACAAAUACAUGUAUGUGGUGCACGCCGAAGCAAAUGCCAUUCUCAACAGCAACGGUACGUCUCUGGUCGGCACAAGGCUCUACACAACGCUUUUUCCUUGUAAUGAGUGCGCCAAACUGAUCAUCCAGUCCGGCGUUAAGGAGGUUUAUUAUAUGUCCGACAAAUAUGCCGAGAAGCCAACAUUUCGUGGCUCUAAGCGUAUGUUUGACGCAGCCGGUAUAUCCUACAAGCGUUACACGCCCACACGAAAACAGGUUAUCAUUAAUUUCGAUGAGAUCAUUCAGGAGGAAUUGAACAUAUCGCUCGAUAUGAAGGCACUAAAGAUGUGAUUUUUGUAUACAAAUUAUUAACAUUUAUGUGUUUGUAAGUGUAUAUGAUUAUGUAUGUAACCGUUUAAUUUACUAUAUAUGUACUGACAAUCUGACAAACUAAGGUGUACUUAUGUGCUUAUUUUCACGUAUGACAAAGCUAGAAUAAUUGAAAAUGUAUAAAAAACAAAACUAGGACCAAAUAAUAGAUUUUUAGAUUUUUACAUAUUUUAUAAAUGCCUUUCAAAAAAGAUUUAAGAUCGAAGGCGUAACAAAAUGAACUAUCAAUUUU